AUGCAGCAAAGAAUCCGAGUUCGAGUCGCCGACGAAGAAUUAUGGAAGAAGUUCUAUCCAGCAACUGAGAUGAUUGUCACCAAAAAAGGUCGAUCGCUAUUCCCGAAACUCGAUUAUAAAGUCGAAGGAUUGAGUCCGGAAUGUUAUUAUGCUUUUCAGUUGAGAAUGGAAAGAGUCGACAAUAUUAAGUGAGUUGAUUUUCGGGGAAAUUAAUUAUUUUUUUCAAUUUCACGUUUCCCGGCUUUCAUUUUCAAUUUUCAAGCCUAAAACUGGGGUUGAGAGAAAAAAAAAGAAAAAAUUUGAAAAUUGAGACGUGAGCAAGCGCGCUCCAUGGACAAACAAGAUUUUUUCGAAAUUUUUUUUCUUUUUUGGCUGUCCACCCCAAUUUGCACCCCAAGUUUGAGGCUUUCAAAGUUUUCUUUUCAAAAUUCCACCCCAAUAUUCAAAUCGAUAUUCAAAUUACAUUUUCCAGAUACAAAUUCGAUCUUGGAGAAUGGCAUGAAGCUACAAAAGGCGAGCCAAGAACAAUUGAUCAAGCAAUCAGACAUUCAGAUGGUUUCCGACGAGGAGAUGAAUGGAUGAAAUCAAACAUUCAAUUCAGUCGGCUGAAGAUCACAAAUAAUAUUGCUGCAAACAUUCCAAAUCAUAUUAUUCUUCAAAGUAUGCAUAAAUAUGUGCCAGUGCUCACUAUUAUCAAGAUGGGGUAAGUUUUUUAUUCUUAUUUUUCUAAGAAGUUCCUAAAUUAAAAAUUAUUCUUUGCAGUGGAAUGCCUGAUAUGUAUGGAAUGGGAAUGAAUGGACAAGAGGCAAUGAUUGAAGAAGAAUUCCGUUUCGAUUUCACUGAAUUCAUCGCUGUCACAGCCUAUCAAAAUCAAGAUAUUACUCGUCUCAAAGUGCAACACAACAAAUACGCAAGAGGUUUUCGCUCGGAAAACUCGAGAAAACGCGACAGAACUGCGACUCCACCCAUCGAAGAACAACAUCACAAGCCAAGUUCAUCGUCAGCUUCUCCAGAAGAUUUGUAUCAUCAGCAACAGCAGCAGCAAAAUCCAGCGAAGAGAAUGGCGAAUUGGGGACAUCCAGCAGCAGCAGCCGCAGCUGCAGCAGCAUAUUAUCCACAACAAUUCUUCAAUUUUGCACCGGAAAUGCAGCCACAAUUCUAUUACCCAACUCCGGAACAGAUUGCCUAUAGCAAUUAUCAUUAUCAAGCUGCAGCGGUUUAUAAUCCAAUGGAACAAGCUGCUGCAUAUAAUCCAGCUGCAUAUUGGCCAAUGGCUGCACAACCAACAGCUUCGGUUGCACCAACUUUGGAGCAUUCACCAAAUUCAUCUGCAUAUUCAUCAAAUUGCCCAUCAACAUCGCCACAAACCAAUUCUUCUAUUUAA